CUGUUUGCAUCUUAGUCUAGCACGUUGAUGGAAAACCUCAAAAGUAAUGUCAUAAUAUAAGUAAAUCGUGCUUUGGAAUUAGUAGUAGUUGAUAACAAUUGCAAUGGAUUUUGAUAAGUGCAAACAUAAAAUGUGUAUCGCAGUGUGUUGGUUGAUAUUAGUAUCGAUAUGUUAUCAAAUCAAAGAAGUUUCUGGUACUGAACAAUCUGCUGACGGAAAUUCACCAUACGAAACGCAAACUGCGCAAUGCACUAUUACCUCCGGUGAUAUCGAAGCAAGCGCACAAGCAUCAAUCAGUAAAACUUUAGUAGGCGUUUGUGGAAUGGACGAUAUGAUGAUGGCUUUCCAAACAUUGGAAAUGAAAUUGUUGGAAGAGAUGCAUAACCUUCGGAAAAUGAUACGUGACCCCUCUUUCAAUCCACCACCAUUACGUCCAUCUAUUUUCAAAUCGGUGAAACAGGCUUCAACCUCAUCAAACACUUCAUCGAAUACAGCUUUACCUCAGUCUGUAACGAUAAGACCGGUUGCAGCCAACAUGGUUUCAAGCACUCCGACACCUGCACCUUCUGGACAUUUGCCACCUACAACGACUGGUUCAUCAAAUGUGUUUUUUCCAGAUGACAACUAUGAUGAAGAUGAAGAAGAAAGCCAAGAAAACUCAAACAGUGAAUUUGUUUCGAAAAAUAGUGAUCAUGUAAAAAUGCUUUCUAUGUCAGUAUUUAAUCAUACUUCUACUGCUUCACGUAUAUCAAAUGAUGAUGAGAAAGCGAAAGUUGCUGCACCGGCAAUUGCUUUUAAACCGAUCGAUAAACCCAUAGAAAAUAAAUUUCUCACGGGAGGACUGCGUGAUUACGAAGUGUACCGUUUCAAUAACACCAUAAUAUCCUCGGGCGACGCGAAGGUUUUUAAAUACUUUUGGAAAAUCGAACACUUUAUGAAGCAAAUUCGUUCAUCUUCUGACAUCAAUGCAGUCUCAUUUUUAAGCCCUGUGUUCGUGAUUUCCGGAUUAAAUCUUCGAUUGCAUGGUAGAACAAUAAAUCAUGCGAAGGGAGAUGUUUUUCAAGUGCAACUGGAACAGUUAUCAGCUUUCGAUGAUGCCCUCAUAAAAACUCCAAAUGUUAUUCUUGCAUACGGUGCACUGUACGGCCAAGUGGAAACCAAAACAUUUUUUCGCCACACAAUAAUGAUCCUGAACCAAGAUAAACCAUUUAGCGACCUUAUUUCUACGGACCUCACAAACACUGACUCGAUGUUUGAAGCACCUUUAGCUGCCUUGACUACUGAACCAUAUUUAAAAAAUGAUAAAUUAUUAAUAAAGGUUAUAAUUUUUCUUUAGAUAAAUACUUACAUUAGUCUGUUCACUCUACAUUUAUUGGCCUUUACACUACAUUAGAAAAAAGAUAAUAAAUGUUCCA